AUGAUAUUGAAUAAAUUAAAAUAACAACAUUUUUGGUACAUCAAUAAAGAUUGGAGAAUAAAGAAUCAAAUUCUAAUCAUACAAAUAGUAAGUUCAAUAUUUGUAUUUCUACUAUUAGCCUCUUCGAUUAUCAUUAGUUAAUUGAUUGUUUAGAAAACAAUAGAAGAAUCAUCUGAAAAAAUAUUUGUAAAAUAAACUCUGCAAUAAUUGAAUAGUGUUUGGUUGCAUAAAAAUAAUCUUCAAUACUUAAUCUAGUCUGCUUCAUAACAAAUUAAAAUUGUUUAAUCACUCAAUAAAUUUACAGAAAAAACUGGCAUUGCAAUAAUGGUACCCUAAUAAUGUUUGAAUAAGCCUAAUACUAAUGAUUCGUAUUCCUAUAGUUCCUCUUAUUGUUUUGGGCUAUUUGGAGAUAGGUUUAAUCAAACUCAUAUAGAUCAGUUAGGUUACGUUUUUGCAGUAACUUCCUUACUUACAUAAUUUAGGAAUGCAAUUGAUAAUGCAUAAGCUUUAUAUUUUAGUCAUGCAAAUUAAGCAUAAUUUUAUACUAUAAAUUAAGGCUUCUACUUUAACUCUGGAUUUAAACCUCAUUAAAGGCCAUGGUACUUGUAUCAUGUGAAUUAUACAUAGAAUAUUAUUAAUAAUAAUUAUCUUAUUGUUUAUGGAAAACCAUAUGAAAUAUUUUCAGGAGGAAUAAGAAUAGCUAUGACUUCUAAUUUAUUAAAUAUAAAUAAUGGAUUUGAAGGAGUAAUUGCCAAAGACAUAGAUUUUAAUUAAUCAUCAGCAUUUAAACUUGUAGAUUCAGAAACUACUUUAAUGGUAAUUAACCGUUAAGGUUUAGUUAUUUAUAGUAGACUUUACGAUUAGUUAAAUUAAUCCUUUUAUUCAAUAUUUGAUGAGAUUUAUACUGGUUUUAAUGAAAUUGAUUUUCAAUAGAUUAUGAAUUAUCAUAAUCACAAGAACUUCUCAAAUAGUUGUUAUAUGAUUUUAGAAUAAGAUAAUGUUCUAUGUAGAUAUAAUUCAAAAUUAGAUGAUUAUUGUAUCAUUUAAACAGCAGAAAUAGCUAACACUCCCUAUAUUUUAUUAUUAUUCAAGGAUUCAAAAAAUAUCAAAAUGAUUUAAUAAUAAUAAUACAAAUUUAUAAAUAACGAAGAAAAGAAUAUCACAUAGCAGAAUAUUAUUAUGUAUUUACUUUUAACUUUAUUUGUUCUUAUGAUUGCAUAAUUUAUAUCAAGCAUUAUGCUUAGAUAAUUAAAUUUAUUAAUAUGUUAUACAAAAUAUAACAUUUAUGAUAAUUGGAUUUUUAAUUUAUCUAUGAUUUCUUAUUUAAAAUCAAAAUAUUUGAUUUAAUCUUAAGAAAUAACAAAUUUAUAUUUUAGUGUUGUUGAAUUAAUACAUUAUAGAAGGCCUUCAAAAAAAAAUAAAUUAUGUUCUAAAGAAGAAGAUAAGUAAUAGUAUCCUAAAUAAAGAAAAAUAAAAAAAUUUAAACAAAUAAAAGAUUUAUUAAAUGAAAUUGAAGAUUAGAAUCUACAAAGUGAAAAAGAAAUUCUAUUUGCUUGA